AUGGUGCGCUGGAAAAAGAUGACAAGAGUAGUUUACCAGCUGUAUUCAUCAGUUCAGACUGGCGGGAAACUCAUAUUCUCGAAGCAGUAUCUUCUAUACACCAACAUUGGCCUGAGUGUAGGCAUUUCCGCUGUUGGUGAUGUUCUUGAACAAAGUUACCAGCACAGCAAGAAUGGAUCUUUCUCAAGGGCAUCCUGGGAUUGUACAAGAACAGGCAAGAUGGCAGCGACCGGUCUUGUUGUUGCUCCCUUCAUCCAUUACUGGUACCAGCAGUUGGAUGUCAUAUUUCCGGGCCGCUGUUGGAAAGUUCUUUUUAAAAAGGUGUCCUUGGAUUUUAUCAUCUGUUCCCCGGUAUGCGUUCUCUUGUUUCUAAUGACCACUGGCCUUCUUGAUAGACAAGGAUGGAGUUCAUUCAAAGAAGAGCUGCAGAAAACCGGAACAACCAUGUGUUUAACAGACUUGCUGGUCUGGACACCAUUGCAAAUAUUCAAUUUCUAUUUUCUUCCCACUAGGUACCGAAUAUUGUUUGACAACAUAGUGUCAUUAGCAAUGGAUACCUUCUAUUCACAUUUGAGGUUUGGUGAAAAUUCAUCGUAUCAGCUGCAUGUGAAAGAGGUUGCAGAAUGA